AAAACUUGCCCAAACAACGUGAAAGUUGUUUGGAAGUUGCUCUCUUUCUUCCUACUUGACGUUUCUCACCAUGCUGUUCCCAAUGCUCCUUGUUCAAUAGCAGCGCAGGCUCUAGCUUAUAAAGAGUCUGCGCUGUUUCUAGAGACUAACACCCUUUUUUUCUUCAGCUAACAUAGACACAUAGAAGUGUUACGCCAUCUUCUCUGGGAUCAUACUAGGGCGACUCGGAUAUAGAUCUCAUUGUGCACAUAGACUCGGUGCACCAAUACCCCUACUAGACUGUCUAUCAAGGUUUCGUUAAUCGGGCGAUUUCGUUAUAAUCGACAUCUAUCCAACGUAUACCAUACAUAUAUCCUAUCCAGACGAACAAAUCAUGACCUACUUCAGCGCUCCAACUUCCUUUCUUCCACCACUCUCUAUACUUUCCACCCACACCACCGCUUCUAUACAAGAUGCCCUGCAAGACUUGAAGGAUCUCUACUUCGCCACAGCACUUCCUCCGAAGAGGACGCUGUCAAUAAAUGCUUUACCUGCACUGAAGCAGGACAUAUCUGAUACGGUACACGUACCUCACCCAAAGCGGACGGGACGCUUGAAUCAUAGCGAUGGCGUUCCGGAUUCCGGUUAUGCCUCUGAAGACGACGAGGCAGAACUGGAAGGAGAUUUGGAAAGCGAUGCUGAAGACUUGGACCCUGAUGUCCUGCGUUCCAACGAGCUUGAACGAAAUUUUUCUAUCAAAUGGCUUACAGGCCUCAUAAAGCGAUCCGAUAUAUGGACGCACGUACUCGAUAUCGCUCCAGAAGAAGACCACAUACGUCUAGUCGUUAUAGAGGAAGCAAGCAAGCUUCUUGCCCGUUUUUCCAGUGAUGAUGAGCAGCAAGAAGAUGCUCUCACAGCGACAAUUUAUGACGAGCCCAUCAUGAUCGAGCUGAAUGAUGCUCCACUCACAGCCACGGAUCAUACUUCCGUUGGUCUGCAAAGUUGGGCAAGCGCCAUCAUUUUCGCUGAACGCAUCUGUACGAAUCCUGCUCAGUAUAUGAGCAUCCCACAUGGGGUUACUCCCUUGCGCGUUCUCGAACUAGGUGCAGGCACGGGACUUCUCAGCAUCACUACCGCACGACUUCUCGAUCGCAUGGGAGCAACAGACUAUCACUCUGCGACCAAUAAUGUCUCCGUUCAAAUCGAGUCACUGGACUGGUCCAAACCACCUCUACUCGAACCCUACGACUGGGUGUUUUGGUUGAUUAUCGCAAUGCGUUCGUCGGGGAGACACGAAGGCUUGUGGGAAACUGUGGAUGAUGCAUUUCCAGACGGGGGAUGUGGCUCUUCGAGAAAUGAAGGAUGUGGUGGGGAAAUGAAGCUGGCGGUGCUGCAAAAGGAGGAUGUGGGGCGUCGCGAGGGAAUUGGUCGUGCGGAUGAGGUUAGGUACCGGUUAUUCGAGAUACGUUGGCUCCCCUGUUGCUAUUGCUGUUAACAUUACAGGGUGAAACAUCUACAUUUGCACGUACCACUAUUGAAGUACGAGAUCAUAC